AUGACAUCAUUAAAGCCAGUAAUUGUGAGAGAUGAAAGGAUAAGUAUAUCAUCGCAACAAUUAACACCACUAAUGGAUUUCGGAGAACCGGAAGAAAAACGAACUCGACGUAAGCCAAAUUUCACGGGCUUCACGCCUACAACAAAAGGAGAAGCUAAAAUUGGGCGUCAACGUUUGCUCGAGCGAUGGGCGGCCGAGCUGUCCAGUUUUGGUAUCGUUGAGCGGACGCCAGUUGAAGUUGAACAGAAAAUAAGAGAUUAUAUGAAAAAGAUAGCAGCGAACCGAAAACGAGCAGUGAAGAGGGCCAUGAGUCCUCCAUGUCAACUGAUAAGUUCCGUUGUUUCGGAAAAUUCUACAGUGGACGAUUCAACAACAGACGAUUCACUGACCGCAUAUGCUGGCUUCUUGCUAGAACAGCACAGAGCAACUCAGAACGACUGUGCUGAGAAUUUUGAGCCAUUGGGACUUGUAAAUAGUAACUAUGUUGAGGAAACUAAAUCAGGGACGAAUAAUACUUCUGUUUUGUGCUUUAAAUCAACAAGUAAUACAAGAAAUAGCUGUCGUAAAAGGAAAGCAAAUGACAUGAGUCCACUUCCUAAUGAAAGGGAGCAAGCGGUGGAAAUGUUGGAAAGCAAUGAUGAAGUUGUUUCCCCAUUAUCAGAGGUGCGUAAGCAGCGGAUGGAUUUUGGCCCCAUUGAUUUGGCAUUGAAAAGUGUAUAUAUAGAAAUUGCCAGGAAAGAACUUGAAAAGAAAACACUUGAGGUAGAGGCAAUGAGAGUUAAUUUAGAAAUUAAAAGACUUGAAUUGGAAGGGAAAAGGCAUGAUGUAGAAAAAAAACGCCUUGAAUUACGGAAAUUACAAAGGAAUGUAAUCAGAGAUUCACUAACGAUCACCUCAAGAGAAGGUAGUGGAACUGCUCGAGGUACAUCCCUCACUGAUCAAUUUGAUCCUGAAAUUGAAUAGUGGAGU